CCAUUCCGCCGGCGAUUUUCAUUGUGAUGAAUGGUCAAAUAUAUAUAUAUAUAUAUUCCUUGCUGUGGAAUCAGAUGAUGGUUGUUCAUAAAGGCCCAUAACUAAAGUAACACCCACAAAUAUAUAUAUAUACUGUAUAAAUAGAAAGAGAGAUCCAAUUCUGAACCGUCAGCUUCUUGUGGCCUUAGGCGAGUAAAUUAAUCCCCAGCCUCAGGCACCAAACUGACACGGCCGACUGUAUAGGACUGGGGUUUAACUGAAUGAAAGUCAGGCAUAUAAUUAGUGACACUCUCUAUAUAUAAGGAUAAUUAUAAUCCUGCUGCAAGAAGAAAGGUACUGGUGGCUUCCCAUCUCCUUACUAUAGCGCUAGCCCCCUGUUCUGUUCAUUUGCAGCCCUCACAACUCAAAGAGGCAUUGUACUCGGCAUUAGGGAGCGCAAAAAUGCACACAGAUGUUAAGCAGAUGGGAGAGUGAAAUGUCAGAUUUAGCCAAAACAAAUAGGAGGAGGAGGAGUGGACAAAUCACCCUCUAUAUUCUGGCACUGUCAGGGUUAAACAUGGGGCCACUGUCAGUAUUGAGGUGUGUGAGGAGACUGUGCCCUGAGGCUGAACGCUGUGUGUCCUGAUGUAUAUUGUGCCGGCUCGUGUCUCCGCUUGCUCCCUGUGGGGAGGGGGGAGGGUUUUGGAAUAAGCAUUGGCCUCUCCUCCUUGUGUCUGUUGGAAGAGUACAGCCUGGGGAUAUGUAUUUUGUGGGCUGCAUUCACCUCCCCUCUCACAUUCGGGCGUGUGCCAGGGAAUCGGGAUGUGCUGCUGGAAGCCCACUGGCUCACUUUCCAAAUAAGCUCUGCCAUGUCAUGUUACAACGUGCCCUUCCGCAGGCUGUCAGUGUAUUAAAGUGUCCAGCUCUUCCCUGUGUGACCAGAUGGAUUGCAUGUUAAGGGUUCUCCAGGAUUUGAAGAGAUCGUCACCACCUCCAUCUCCAGACAUUGAGAAAACAUGUGCGGUUCCACAGCGUAGGGUGCCCAGGCGGGACAAUCGCAUUUCCCAUCGGACUUCGGAUCUUUCUGAGGCGGACUCUGCCUGCUGCAUGGAUCUUCCAAGUGACGUGUCCCCGGGAAGCUGUGGACAGCGGGGCCUGGAAUGGGAUUCUGGGUACUCAGAGGUAUCAGGAAGCUCUUUGCGAGGAGAAGAGGAUGACAUUGUGGAGGAGGAAAGUGAGACAAGGGCACCCGCUGUAGUGCUGAGGCGCCUCCCUACUCCUUCCUGCCAGCGCCUCUCCUCAGGCGGGUUCCUCAAUUCACGCCAAGGGAGAAUACGUCCCAAAUCCACAUCAGAUGUCUGCCUGGAGCAGUGGAGGGGCAUUGGACUUGGCUCUGACUCUCAGGACUGGACUGGGUGCCUUCUCUCCCAGAGCCGCAGCCGGCAGCCACUAAUUUUGGGUGAUAAUAGUUUUGCUGACUUGGUUAAGCAGUGGAUGGAUUUACCCGAGAAUGGAGAUGAGGAAGGACGGCGGGUGCGAGAUGGUGGCCGCUGGUUGCACAAGCCGCAUGGCUUCCUAAUCAGCCUGUCUGGCAAUGUUAAAAGGCGAUUGGGUAACAUGUCUAGAUUGCGCCACUCUGAUCAAGAAGCUGUGAAACGCAUGUCCUGCCCUCAACUAGGCUGCCGGCCACUCUCCCCUUACUACCACCAGUCUCUCUCGGACAUUGCAGAGGCAUCUACUAACCUCUUAAACUGCCGCAGUCGCCGGCCAAUCAUAUGCAACGAAGGGGCUGGAUUCUUAUAGCACUGGACUUUAUUGGGACUCUGAACUCAGCACAUACAUUGGGAGCAUAGAAAUAUAUAUGUAUAUUUGUACAGUUUUUAUACUAUUUUUUUGCAAUAAAAUUGCUUAAAAUUAUACAAGAA